GAAGACAACUUCCCUCCCGGAAAUGUGACUGCCUGUGUAUGCUUUCUGGCUUUCCUUUCUCACGCACGCCGCACUUCUCUUUGCAAACACAGACAUCAUGGCGGACGUACUGGAUCUUCAUGAAGCGGGAGGCGAGGAUUUUCCUAUGGAUGAGGAUGAGAGCAUCCACAAGUUGAAAGAGAAGGCAAAAAGAAGAAAGGGAAGAGGUUUUGGUUCAGAGGAAGGAGCCCGGUCCAGAGUCAAAGAGGACUAUGACACAGUAGAACAAGACGGCGAUGAGCCCGGACCUCAGAGAUCUGUGGAGGGUUGGAUCCUGUUUGUGACAGGGGUCCACGAGGAGGCCACUGAGGAGGACAUCCAUGACAAGUUUGCAGAGUUUGGAGAGAUCAAAAACCUUCAUCUUAACCUUGACCGCAGAACAGGUUACCUUAAGGGUUAUGCACUGGUGGAAUAUGAGACCUACAAGGAGGCCCAGGCAGCCAUGGAAGGGUUAAAUGCCCAGGACAUGAUGGGCCAACCAAUCAGUGUUGACUGGGGCUUUGUCAGAGGGCCACCCAAGGGAAAGAGGAGGGGUGGUGGAAGGAGGCGCAGCAGAAGUCCAGACAGGAGACGGCGCUGAUCUCAGAUCAUCUGUAUGUUACCUCCAAUUGGCAAAGGACAUGCCUGUCACUUCCACAGGCAGUUUCAGAUCACUCUCAGAAGAGUCCAUUUUAUUACUUUUGUUCUGUAUUUACGUAAUGUAUCUCGCUAACAGCUGUAUGGUGUCCAUUUCUCAACAGCAAACAUGUAUGUAGCUUCAUAGUAAUGUACUUGAGGCCACCAAAAAGACAGCCAUACAGCUCAGUGAAGCCCCCACCUUUUUUUGUUGUAAUUGGAGGAUUUUUCUUUUUUUUUAUGAAUUCCCUCAAUGCUAUUUGAGGGGUAAUGUUCUUAGCAGCCUGCUACUGUUUUGUGUCGUUAUACCAAGGCUAUCACAUGGGGAAUUAAAUACUUUUAAAAUGA